AUGGAAGAACAACGACUGCUCGACCUCACGAGCAACUGGACUUUCGGAGAAGGAGAAAGUUCACAAUACGACUCGGACGAACCUCGUGACGUUGCCCGCCAACGUGCUCAGGCAGAUAUCGCCUAUGGGUUCACCCCCAGUAUGGACGACACUAGCUCUGAAGAGGAAUCCGACAACGAGGAAGAAACCCGACAGCUCCUUCGGUACCAGCCAAUCGACAUGAAGCAUAACGAACAGCAGCGGUACUUCUAUGGAACACCCGCUAAC